AUGGACGCAGCAGCUCACCGGUCGAGAGGCAGUGGAAAUUGCCAGUUGAGCAACGAGGAUUUGCACCGAGGAGCCGUGAACCGUAAUGAACAUCCUAUUUCGGCAGAAGCAUUAGCUAACGAACUAUUAACAGCAGAUGGGCAGGUUCUGAGCGUUUGCAGCCAAAAAUAUCUCACCCUUCUUGUCCUUGAGUUUCUCCGGGCCAAAGCUUUUCCACUUGUCAAGCUGGGCAGGCGUCAUGACUGGGCAGCUCAAAUCCAUCGUGUCCAGUUUCUCGAGACUGAAAUCUCACGACUUUUCCAGAAUCCGGACUUGUUUCCCUCACCUGCCUCUAGAGCAAGAUUUGCUGCGAUGAUAGCACUUGAUGGAAAUCUGCAAUUCAUCCAAGCGGUCAAAGAUCUCUUACUUCGUGAAUCCGCAAGAGAGAUUGCGCAGUAUUCGCGUGACAAACUUACACACACGAGCUAUCUAUAUGGCAGCAAAGGCUGGGAAAAUUUCUUUCUCAACAUGGCUCCAGGUGCUCCAGAACUUGAGAAGCGCAUGGUAACCAUUCCGAAAUCGUCAUUUCAAAUCGUGCCAGCUGUGGGGAUGAGAUUCAUUGUAGACAACAAGGCAGAGGAGCGAGUUAUUGCACGCUGGAUAAGGGAGGCUCAAAUGCCAGUCGAGGUGCAACGGGCAUCGACCACCAGAUUGAUCGACUUAGAUAUGGAAGAUGAUGAUGAACCUCAUGGGGUACCUAUGCUUAGUCAACAACCUACCACUAUGUACUCACGCCCAAAUCCGUUCAAGGAGCAUUUGAAAAUCCGACUCGACCUUCCAAUCCAAGAACCCGAGCCUUUGGAAGACUAUACCCCUUUCCUGGGUCGUCUCGAGUCUGCUCCUCUACCCGCAAACCUUCCCGGUGGUGCAACAAUGGUGGCUCCCAAUAUCUUUCCCAUGGUCGGUGUUCGCUCCUGGCAUCGACCAACUAGGCCCUGGGAGCUACGCCAUUACCCCUGGCUGGUUGAGGCUAGUAGCGCUACACCAGAUGCGGCAUGA